GCCGGGGAGGAGUCGCGGCGGCGGCCGCCAGACAGGCUGCAAGUCCUGAGAAGGCGAGGGGGGGGGGGGGGCGGGGAGCUCCGGGAGCCCGGUGGCAGGUCCCUCUUAAAGAGCCACGCCGCGCCGCGCCGCCCGGAGCGCUGCCCCUCCCCCGCAGCCCGUGGGGCCGGUGGCCCGACCGCGCGGUGGGCGGUCCCGCUCACCCAUCCAGGGGGCUGCGGCAGGCUGCCCAUCCUUGUCCACUCCUGACUCCAUCUUGGUCUUCUGGUCUAUACCCACAUUCUUCUUCCCAGGAAAGGGAAAGGUUCGUAGCUGCACAGAGUCUGAGGUAUUCUGCAGCCAAGUUCCAAGCUGUUUACAGUCGUGUUCUUGAUACAGCAUUCCAGGCCCUCCAUCUGCAGCAUCAGAUUGCCUUCUCCUGUUGUACUGUUCGUAGGAGUGGAUCUCAGGCUCCGAGUCAUUCAGAGCAAGAACAGAAGCAAAGCAGAGAGAGCAGCAGAUCAGAGCAGCCUGUGAACCAUUGAUGAGGCUGAGCCUGCUCACUGUGUGGAAGAUGUUGGUGACCGCGAGGCCCAGGAGCCCUUCACUUUGAGGCGGGAGAGCGGAUUUCAGCAGGACAGCUUCUCCGUCCCCGACCUCACCAUGGCCUCACCUCUCUGGCUGGACGGCUGAUGAGACGGCGUCCUACACGCUCUUGGAUUGUGUGGCGUCCUGGUAGUGCCUGCUCUUGGGGUGUGGGAGCACAGCCAGAGGGCAUCAGAUGCUCCCAAAAGCUGGACCAAAAGAGUGAUGGACUUGGACAGGCUAAGAUGGAAGUGACCUGAGGCCUCGCCCAGGCAGUUUCUUCAUCACAGGACAGCUUAAGAAUUGAAACACAGGCUUGUUUGGGGAGCAGUAUGCAGGAAGCUGGUUUUCAGGCCACAAACGCGUUCACAGAGUGCAAAUUCACCUGCACCAGCGGUAAAUGCUUGUAUCUUGGUUCACUGGUCUGUAACCAACAGAAUGACUGUGGGGACAACAGUGACGAAGAAAACUGUCCCCUGGUGACUGAGCAUCCGCCUCCAGGCAUCUUCAACUCGGAGCUGGAGUUCGCACAGGUGCUCAUCAUUGUCGUGGUGGUCACGGUGAUGGUGGUGGUCGUUGUGUGCCUACUGAACCACUACAAAGUCUCCACGCGUUCCUUCAUCAAUCGCCCCAACCAGAGCCAGAGACAGGAAGACGGGCUGCAGCCGGAAGGGUCCCUGUGGCCUUCUGACAGCUCCAUGCACCGGCCAGGGCCUUCAGAGAUCAUGUGUGCCCCUCGGGGCAGGGAGAGGUUCACCACCCCAGCCUUCAUCCAGCGGGAUCCCUUCAGUCGUUUCCAGCCCACCUACCCGUACGUUCAGCACGAGAUCGACUUGCCUCCCACCAUCUCCCUGUCGGACGGGGAGGAGCCGCCUCCUUACCAGGGACCCUGCACUCUACAGCUCCGGGACCCAGAGCAGCAGAUGGAACUCAACAGAGAGUCCGUGAGGGCCCCACCCAACCGAACCGUGUUUGACAGUGACUUGAUAGACGUUUCUAUGUACAACGGGGGACCAUGCCCACCCAGCAGCCACUCUGGCGUCAGUGCAGCUACCUGUAGCAGUAACGGGAGGAUGGAGGGGCCGCCCCCGACCUACAGCGAGGUGAUGGGCCACUACCCAGGCACCUCCUUCUUCCAGCACAGCACACACAGGGGCGGCAGCAGACCGCCUUUUCAGCAGAACAACUCAGAGGGCACAGUAGUACCCGUCAAAGGCAAAGACAGGAAGCCUGGGGACCUGGUCUGAUCGCCUCCACAGUGCACUUUUCAAGGAGAGAGAAACCUCGGCAGGGAGAGAGAGGCCUGCAGGCUGGCCCUGCCUCAGUGGCUGUCCGGCUUUACGUGGUCCAGCUGAGUAAAACCAAAUGUGCAAACGCGGUCUUCGUUUCUGAUUCCUUUCAUGGGAAUUGCAUGCAAACAAGACUGAAACCAUUCAAACUUCCAUCAGGUCUGACCACAAACAGUGUUCAUCUUGGGGCAGGGGUGGAGUCAGGGCUAGAGAUGGCAUGAGCUUGGCAGAGGGCAUGCAGAGAGAACCGAGAAGGCUGCUUUGAAGACAUCAUGAAAGUAAGACCCACAGAGGUAUUUUUGACAUAUUUAAUUCCAAAAGGAGACUGCAGAUACACGAGGCCAGAACGGCCUGUUUUAUAAUUAACUGAAUACAGAAGGAAGAAGUAUUAUAUAUUAUCAUGGGGAAGAAUCAGCCAGUUUGCUUUUUCUCCAAAGGUUGUGACACUUUUAUUUUGUUUUAAAAAUAUGAGUCAAAACUCCUGUUUUGUGUGCCAAGGUAUAAAGUUGGAGAAGUCAGACGAGUGAGAGGAACUAAUUUGUGUUGUGGUAUGUUUUAAGAGUUGCACUAUCAAUGACGUUUAAAAUAUGGAUGAGGGAACUGUGUCAUGUGAGGUUCUGUAUGUUGUCUUGUUGCCUAUGGAUGGCUAUUAUGCCCAAGGAACACCUCGGAGUGUCCACGGGGUCACACAAGAAAGGCAUUUGGGGAUGUGCUCUGGUGUUUACCAAGUUGCAUACAUUUAAAGAGUGCUUAUGUUGCAAGUUUGCAGCCAGAAGCGUACUACUGAGGUCUGCGGAGGGGCCGGUGAAGGGAAAACACCUGAGCUGCGAGUCGAGCGUCCUGCAGAGCUAGCCUUAUUCCCAGCACCGUCAGCAAGUGUUUAGACUUUUUUCACUGUAGCAUGAAGUAUAUUCAGAUACAUACCCUAUUUUAUGCAAUAAAUUGUUUAAAAUGCAAGAUGGUUAUUUUGUGUACUGCUGAACUUUGUGGCACAGCUAGUCCCACUGCCCCUCCCCUUCCCUGGGCAGCUCUGUUGAGUUCUGCAAGGGUGCUCUGUUCGGCCUCUGGCACUGGCAGCUGCCUCCUCUUGGCUUCCUAAGUGCCAUGCUGGUAAUGGUCCCUCUUGGUUAAUAUGUCCCCGGGCCUGAGAGAGGAAUACAUCUGGCAUAAGCUAUUACCCAUCACCAGUGUUGCAUGUUAGAGAAAUCCGGCCCAGACCUACCCAGACUCCUGGCACGAGCUUAUUCUGCCUUAGCCAGUCUUUGUACUGUGGUCAGUUGGAGAACAGAAAUGGUGGGCAGGGCUGUGACUCAGGACAAGGAAAGGCAGGCAGAGUUGCAGCUGGAAAAUGGCUUCUUAGUAUUUGAAGUCGGUUUACUAUUUCUAAUAUUUCCAAACGUUCUUAUGUAGAAUAGAAAACAAACAAACAAACAAACAAAAACCAAACAAACCAAACAACGUUCUUCUACAGAUGCAAGGGCUGGCUUUGUAAACCCUGUACCAAGAGGCCAUCCAUGGUGCCAGGCCUCUCUGCAUGGAACAGAGCUAAAAGCAAUGGAGAUUCAGUGGCAGCUUUAACACCAAUUCUGUGUGUGUGUGCGUACAUGUGUGGUCUGUUUUCAGCAGUGAUUACGUGAGGUAACAACCCUUAGCUGAGAACUAGAGGUUGUCCGAUGCUCCCAGUCCUGUCUGACCCCAGGCUUCUCAUUUCUGCUUGUCUCAGUAGGCAGGCCACUGGCUUGCUUUGAGACUUGAGAUCUCCAUAGGAUGUAUCCACAGGGAUACUCACAGCCCAAAGGAGAGAGGAUAGGCAGCAGUCGGCAGUUUUUGCUUAAACUCUGCUUAGAAGGAUGUACCCUGGAGGGUGACUGGGAGUCAGGAGCUGCUUUUCUGCCUUGUCUGGUGACAUUUAGUGGCCUCUCAGGCCAUGGGCUAACUGGGCCAAAAGGUGACCUUUCCCACUUCCCUGAGGCCUCCUGAGAAGGUUCUGGCCCCUGGUGACCUGUGCUUUCAGACUGCUUGAAAUGGCAGAGAUCCAAUGGCAGAGGAGAGGAGGAGGUGGUCUGUGUCCUCACUGGGUUCUCACUGGCAGGGACUGGCAGGACUGAUUGCUAAGGUGAGGUUAUUAGAAGGUGAGGUUAUGGUUUUGUCAUUCCAAAUCCUAACUGGUUUUGGUGAAGCUGGUGAUCCUACCCCUUUAGUUUCAGCUCUUCAUGGCUUCUCAAUCCUUGCUUUUAUCCUUACUUUAUCACCAGCUGUGGGGAUGAACCGAGAUCAGAGAACUGUAAAUUCCUUCGGAAGUUGGCAAGCACACAGACAUUUUGUAGAUGCCAAUAGUAUUGACAAACCAAUUAAUUCAAGUAACUUUAAUUUCCUUUCAAAAGAGAAGUUGCCUUCUUCUUACACACACAAUGACUUUGAGGCUGGACUUCUUUUAGGAGUUAGCUUAAAAGCCAAAGCAAAGGUCAUAAAAAUGAAUUUAGUCCAUUUCUCUUGGCACAGGGAGAAGAUUUAGGUAGCAGCCUUCAAGCUGACAGUCCAUGCCACACUGUGUCCUGGCUCUAAGGUCUUAAGUAGCAAUUGUGGGGCCUGCUGUCUUUCAAGAAGUGAAGCGCUUAGAACCCAAGUAUUCGGUUUAGAACACAGUGAAUCUAGGCAACUGACAGCAGGUUCUAAUGAUAGAUUAUUCCCAUAGGGCAGUAAAGGUUUGCAUUAUUAGGAGCAGCAGCCAUAGCAGGCUAGGAACACUUAUGUGUUACCUCAUAUGAGACACAAUCUGCAGAUCCAUCUACUGGAGAUCUCUAGGAACAAUGAAGGACUAUUUAAUACAGAGAUGGUGAAGCCAACUACACAUCCAGUUACAGUCACUGCUAAAUCAUGCCCCAUGCCUCCUCCACCCAACACAUACCUAAACUCACAAGACAUCAAGAGGUGGCAGAGUGACUAGCACUUACAGAUGUACUGUGACAAUUACAUUUUUCCUUUGUAACUUUUAGCUCAAACUCAAGAGCCAAGGCUGAGAAGUCAAACUGAGAUGAAUGCCUCUCACACAAACAUGGGAACUGGGUUUAAAAAAGAGUAUUUUUAUGUGUGUGAAAUUCUAAGUAGUUUUAUUUGAUCCUUAUCUUUGUUUUAUUGGGACCAAAAGGAAGUACUUUCAGAAAGCUGCUUUAAUCUGAGAAUCCAUUCAUGUGCCUGCCUUCCGCUCAGGUGUCAGUUUUACAUCUCUUACCUGCUGUUCUUUUUAGAAAGACUCCUGGGGUAGCCCUACUAAGAUGCCCUCAGACUGUGUCAUUGAGGCAGCCCAGAGGGCCCAUUGAGUUCUGCUGGCACUCCGAUGGAGCUGGACAUCCCUGGGCUCCACGACUUGGUCCAGAGACACAAUGCACACACUGUAGCAGCGCUUCCAGUGUUUUGCUAUUUCAGAUGGUGACUCUGAUGCGUGCUAAAAACUUGAGCAGCAGGAGCGAGGGGAACACACUGGGAAGGAUGCUUUCUGUUAUCUCUGCUCUUCUCCCGUUCAGUCACCCACUGUGACUUGCUUGCACCCUAAAAUCACAAGCAGCUUCAUGGCUUACUUAGACUGUACCCAUUCCAACAGACCCCAUUGUGUGGCUGCCUGGAGCUGUUUAGUCCUUGGAGAAACGGACAAAUCACAAUAGCAUCCGCAGCCACAGUCUAAAGCCACAGUCCAUUGGUUUUAGAAAUAAAAAUGUCAAUUAACAGCUGGCUUUGCAAGCCGGAGGUAGCACAAGGCUGGUGUCACAGCACAGGGACAUCUUGUUGAGCAAGGGACUUCUCUCCACAUCCCAUCUUUGUCCCUAGGUGUGCUGGACACAGUUUAGCAUGAGAAGUUUAGCACUAGGCAGAUGAUGCGGUUGCACCCAUCCCCUCGGUCCCUGGCUCUGCAAGCCCACCCCUCAGCAGCUGGGGUGCCUGUGUUCUGAUGUCAGAUGUCGGGCCCAGCCCCGGCGUGCAAUGCUCACCUUUGUCGUGCCUCACUUGAAAUGGUGCUUCAACUGUUUGCUUUUAUUUGUAAGGUGCUGUAUAUACACUGAACAUCUGCACAUGCUCUACCCAAUGGGUAGAACAAGAACUUAAUACUGUAAUAUAUUGUAUAGAUAUCAAUUUUAACAGAAAUGGCAUAGAACUUGUGAAUGCCUAUGUACUCCCAUCUUUUGUAAGGAAACUUGCAAAUGAUUACAUAACAGAUAAAGUCUAUGUAGUUUAUUUUCCUAUUAAAUAUCGUAUUAACACCAUGGAAUGCAGUCUGAACAAGCAAGCAGCCGUUUAUGACCAGCACAUAAAUAGGAAUUGAGUCGUACCUUUGCUCUGAAAACACUUCCGUAAUUUCUAAGAUGUUGUUUUAAUCCCUUUAGAGAUAGUUAGACCAGUUUGGUUCUGUUUUAGUCAGGGGAGAAAGGUUGCUUUUUAGCUUGCUCUGUGUGCAGGCUCUCUCUCACUGCAGUAUCAAUGUCAGGCCUCAGUGGUGUGUGCAAACCUUUGCCGACACACAUGGUGUGAGGAAAGUGAGUGACUAUAGCAGAGGCCGUACAGCCUCGGGGCACUUCUGUUUGUGCCCAUGUUUCUCGGUGCCUUGUCUUAUAAACGGAAGCUAUGAAGCCAAUGAACUGUCAGGAAUUCGCCGGGAGAGUGUGCCUGAGAAAACAGAUCCACUGGGGAUGAUUAGGGUAGGAAAAAUGGUUUGAGUGGCCAUUAGAGCUGCCCAUCAGCUAAGUACAGAAUCUAAAGUCCAUUCCUAUUGUGUCCUGUGGUAGCCCUGACCCCUAAGGCUACAUGUUAAGGUACAUGUCAGUUCACACUUUUCUCUUCCAGCUGUUUUCAGUGUCCACUUGCGGUUUUGGCAUUUUUCUUUAAGUUUUUUUCACUUAAGCAAAGAAGCCUUGGUGCCCAUUAAACCACCAUGGAUACUAAGUGCCGUCCAAAAAGACAAUUCAUGGAAUGAUGCCCAUGAUCCAGCUGUGUCACCAGGUGACUGUUUGAGUAAUUCCAGGCUUUUUCUUUGCUCUGUUAGGUACUCUGAUUCUGAAAGCCAGAAGCAGAAUUGCCGCUCAAUCAUAAAAACACACUUGAAGCUCUCGCUAAUUGUGCUUAAUGUGCAACUCUUUAUGCUGACUCAGUUCUCCAACUCCUCUUAAAAGAGCUGAGCGAGGAGGACAGUGGGUACCUCCUAAGUCCCAUCCAAGUCCAAGUUAGUGUCUCUGCCUACUACAGGGCACACCCUCAGGAUCCCUGGGUCCAAGACACGAAGCACUGUCAGACAAUCACUGUCAGAAAAUGGGCACUCUAGCAUCAGAAUGUUCUGGACUCAGUAGUAAGAUGUGUAACCAACCAGAUUCCCUUCUAUAGACCCAGCCCUGGCCGAGCAUUCCACUCAACGAUACUGGUUCUUGUCUGAUAUACUUGCCUUUCAAUUUCAACUCAUAUCCUUGCUGAGUUUAUAGCUGUUUAAAAAUAUAUACAGCGGUAUCCACGGUAUUUCAGCUCAUUGAACUUUUAUUAUAAAGCAAUCUACUGAGAAGUACAACUGUAUUUGAACCUUCAAUCUUUGUGAGCUAUGAUAAUCAGAAUUCAUAGAGCCCUUUUGUGUUUCAGCAACCACAUGCUUGCUCUUUAACACAAUCCCUGGUUAUAUAUGGGAAGUGAUUCACAACUGUCAUGCACCUGCCCUUUCUGCCCAGGCAGCGAUGCGGUUUAGACCUCAGGUCUGUAAUUGCAAUACUUUUGAUGAAAGAUGUUGCACAAGUGCUGUUUGUUAGUUAUGAAAUCAGGUGUCCUGCGUGUUCUUAAUGCCAUGGUCAAAUCAUAGCACAAAAUCAUUAAAAAGCAUCAGUGAUAAA